AUGCGUGACGACGACGACGAACAGCUCGAGAGCUACCACGAUGAGACUCCACUCAGGACUUCCACUGAGGACCCGCUGUUACACGCAACUUCAGUCGACGAUCCUAUAGACGAAGAUGCACCACAACGAUACCCGUGGAUGCAAAGAGUCAGCGAUAACAUACCCUCACCGCUAAAGAGACUAUCGAGUGCUGUAGUCACUUGGGUCAAGGGUCCUCAACCCCCGAGGAUAUACAAGAUUGAACCUUUCUUCCCGAGUAUACAGCACGCACCUCUCCAGCUGUUGGACCGUUAUGCUCCCAAGCGUAUGCAACGUUUCUGGCUUCUAUUUGUCUUCUACAUCUGUUGGAUCCUCUCGUUCGCCUUGAUCCUACACAAAUCAUCAUUUGCUGCCGAUGUGAAAGAUUAUGGUUCGCCAAUAAGACUGGGUUGUACAGCAAGAUACUGGCAUGACGGAAAUGGUUGUGGUAUAAACGGAGAUCAGUGCCGCCCUUUCGCCAACUCAUCUCUGCCUUUCCGCUGCCCAGCAGGAUGUAUCAAAACCCAAGUUCUGUUUCCUCAUGCUGUUGGAGAUCAGGAAGUCGUAUACAAGCCUCUGGUCGUUGGUGGACCCUUGAAUCAGAGUCAACCCAUCUCAAGUACUGUUUAUCGAGGCGACAGUUUCAUUUGUGGUUCUGCCAUACACGCAGGCUUCAUCAAAAGCGAACAAGGUGGAUGUGGUGUCCUCAAACUCACUGGUGAUCAACACUUCUUCCCCAGUGUAAAGCAACAUGGAAUCGACAGUAUCGGUUUCGAGUCCUACUUCCCACAAUCUUUCCAGUUUGUAGAAGGCACACAGUCGCAAUGUCGGGACUUGAGGUGGCCUCUACUCGCUGUGUCUGUCUUCUUCACCGCCAUGCUAUCUUUGUUUACCACAUCACCAGCUGUGUUCUUCUGGUCCAUCUUUGUCGGAUUGUUCUUCCAAACAGGCUUGGCUUCCGAUCCACCAAAUCUCACGGAUUACUAUUCGCUGAUCUCUACGGCUCUUGGGAGGUUCUUGCCUGCCGCCUUCGUCAUGGCAGUGAUCUAUCGCUACGCCGUCCGCUACAGCUUAACGGGCUUGACAGCCCAAUUUGAAAAGACGAUCCUUUGGGUAGGCGCAGCAUGGGUAGGCGCACUCAACAACUACACUUUCGAUCGCAUUCCUAUUCAGCGCCUCACUCCCCACGAUAUCAAAGCCCAGCCAGGAGCCGUGCCAGCCCUGAUCUCAAUCGUAUUGAUAAUAUUCUUCAUCGCAUUAGGUCAAGCUUAUGCUUUCCGUGUCGAAGGUCGCAUGCCACGCUACCUGGUUGUAUACGGUCUCUUUGUCCUGUCACUCCUUCUUCUCCUUGCAGUACCGGGUAUGAACCUACGUAUCCAUCAUUACAUCCUUGCCAUACUCCUACUCCCUGGCACAGCCUUCCAAAAUCGUCCGAGUUUGCUUUACCAAGGUUUACUCUGUGGGCUUUUUAUCAACGGAAUCGCUCGUUGGGGCUUCGAUAGCAUUCUCCAAACGCCAGGAGAACUGCUUUCGGAUGCCCCGCAAAACACUCUNUUGCCUGUCAUCUCUCCUCCUGUCAUUGGCACCAGCAAUAUCACCUUCACCCUAGGUCCCAUCCCACCGCCCGACAGCAAGAAGGAUACGCCGUAUUAUGACGGUAUCUCAGUCUUGGUGAACGACGUAGAGAGAUUCAGAGGAUAUGCCGACUACGACGCCCAAGAAUUGUGGAAGGAAGACGGAACCAGAGAAUGGACGUGGGAGAGACACGAUGAGAGUUUACCAGAGUAUUUCAGAUUUGCAUACAUGGCUGGAAACGGGGUGGCCGAUUACACCAAAGCCGGGACUUGGCUAGUCAAUGGGACGUGGGUGCCGAUGAAGAGUGGGCCGUCCUAG